UUCGACGCUAUAAGUUUGUUUUGUAUGCCCAUUUCCAGCGACGUACUGUCCAAGUUGAUCGAGUCGAUUCCUUUUUCUUGAUCCUCCUUUCCAUUUUCACCAUCUAUGCGGCAAACGAGAAGUACGGCAGCUCAUUCGCCCAAUGCCCGUCAUCCAAAAACACGAUCGUCUGCGAGGAACUCGAAACCACCACCCACACCCAAAAAACCAGCUCGAAAACCAUCCAAUACAACACAAACCUCCAAUUCUCAGUUCACCGUGCGACGAUCCCAACGACAUAAAUCCUCUCCUUCGCCAAAACCAGUAGCUACGGUUAUCAAAAAAAACAAUGACUAUUGUGACACUUGCGGAGGCACCGGUCGAUUUAUCUGCUGCGACGCGUGCCCCAAAGCUUUUCAUUUUUCUUGCGUUGAACCUCCCAUGGAAGCCGACCAAGUGGCCGAAAUGAAAGAUCCGUGGUUUUGUAACGAAUGUUUACACCGACAAUCCAAUCAAUCUAUUUCCGCCCCGCAAGGUCUUUUUCAUUGUCUGUUUGAAGAUUUGGAGACAAAGAAUCCCAAAGCAUUUCAAUUACCAUUCCACAUUCGCAAUUUCUUCGAAGGAGUCUCCAUCAACAAGCUCGGCGGGUAUGUCGACAACACCAUCGUAAAGCCAGUAAAGUACAAGAACGGGCAACCAUUACUACCUGAUUAUCAUCAAUUGAAAGAUCAACAUGGCAAUUUCAUAUUGUGCUAUGCUUGUCGAAAAACCGCGCUGGAGAAACCCAUCAUCGCAUGUGAUUAUUGUCCUUUGUAUUGGCACAUGGAUUGCUUGAACCCGCCUAUGCCCGCCCCGCCCAAUAUUGCCAAGAAAUGGAUGUGCCCAAAUCAUGUAGAGCAUGCCUUGCCCCGUCGACGAAAACGAAAACGUCCGCGGACCGUCGAAUGCACGUGUGCGCAUCACGCUCAUGAUGGCGAUAUUGAUAUCAUUGAUGGUAGCGACAAUGAAGAAGACGGGUCUCGGGCGACGCGUGACGUACCUGGACAUGGGGUUACGCCAACCGUGUUCUUCUCGAUCAUCCUCUUCUCCAAGCACGACUCUUGAAGUGGCGACCCCGUCUUCGCCCACCUCCAUCUAUCACCAUCAAACCCUUCCCUCCCCGCUCACCUCCAAUGAC